AUGUCCUUCUCGGGGUACAGGGUUUCCAGGCCGACCGUGGACCCCGAGUUCAAACAAUCCAGCGGCGUUGCCACUCUCAUCCGCAAAGAUGUCAGCUUUGUGGAAAGGGGUACUCCGACAUACAAGAAAGGCCUGGAAUCGAUGCCCACAGAAAUCAUCCCCACUCGGGCCGUAAAGACCAAACUUUACAUAUUAAAUGUCUACAGUUCCCCGACUGACAGACUCAGAAACUUUAACAAACUUCUCACAUCUGUCGAGUCGCAAGCCAAGGACAGGCCACUGAUCGCUGCUGGGGAGUUCAACGCGCACAACUCCGUCUGGGGCUACGCCACCAAUGAAAGGAAAGGAAUUAACCUUGCCGAGUGUGCGGACACCCUAGGCAUGCAACUCAUCACGGAUUCUAAGUUUCCGUCGCGCAGAGGCAACUCGGUUCAGAGGGACCCCACCCCAGACCUGGCGUUCCUCAGAAACGCUGACGGGUCGUGGGACAACCUGCAAGAGGACCUUGGCAGCGAUCAUUACAUCCUAGAAAUCGACGUCCGCAUCACACCCACUUCUCCCAAGAAUUACACCCACGUCGACUGGGACCUCUUCAGAAGAAUGUGGGGUAAUGCGGACAAACAAGGAGAAACCUUCGAAGAGCUACUGGAAAAUCUGAAAAUUACGGUGGCCAAUGCCACUAAAGGAAUAAGCGUGGAUCUCGAGGUGCCAGCCUUGGACUCCAGACUCGCACACCUCCUGGAUGCCAAGAACGCGCUAAGAGAAAGAUGGAAACAGCAGAAGUUAAACAGGAGGCUGAGGUCUAAAUUAACGAAAAUCAACAAAGAGAUCGAAGAACACUUCAGAAAGUUGAAUGCGCAGCAAUGGGACGAAGUGUGUAAUGAGGCGGACGGUAAAAUGAGAAGGGGCAGCAAGUGGAGCCUUCUUAAGAACCUAUUCGCCGACAACAACAAACCGACCAAGAGUUAUGCCCGACUAACGAUCGAAAGGCUCGUUCAUCUUCACACGAAAGAAGGCACGAGUCCGCGGGACAUUGCUGACGCCCUGGCGCACAUCUACCUACGAGUAGAGUGCAAAUCUGCCCCGUGGGACGACCCGACACGCGAGUACAAGGGGACACCUCAACCAUCGCUGGAUCGUCCUUUCGAAGUUUCGGAGAUUGUGCACGCCCUUCAUGACUUAAACGGACGCUCGGCCCGCGGCCCAGACGGACUAACAAACAAACUACUCAGAAAUCUAGAUGACAAAGCCAUACAAAUCAUUACGAGCAAAAUUAACGAGGUAUGGGCUGAAGGCCGGGUGCCGGACGAAUGGCGAACUGCCAAUGUUGUCCUCAUCCCCAAACCCUGA